CGCCCACCUGGCAUUUUGUCUUUAAGACUUUGCACUUUAAAAGACAGCUGCUCUUUAAAAGACAGCUUGUAGUUGCACCAACAGGAAGCCAACAGCAGCUAAUAUACCCUCAGGAUGAUAUCUGUUGUUUAAAUCUUGGAGCUUUUGACGGACGAAAGGCGCCAUGGUGACCAGCGAACACCGCAGCCCAGAUGCGAAAAGCGAGAAUGUGAAAACCCUGAAACAUUUGCCCAGCUAUGGCACCUUGGGGGACGCCUGCCCCACUUGUCGUGGCACCGGACGAAUUCCAAGAGUGUGUUUUCCAGGCCACGAAGACCAGCUGGUUGCUGUCAUUCCGUGUAACGACAAAAGACUCGAGCCCAGACGCACGAAGCUGUACGUGUGCGUGUCCAUGGUGCUGUGUCUCCUCCUCUGCUGCCUCAUCCUCUUCUUCCUUUUCCCACGGAGCGUCACCCUGACACCCGUGUCCGUGCUGUCCGUCAUGGUCUACUUCACCCCGGACGCUGUGCAGAUGGAGGUCACGAAUCUCAUCAACGUCCUCAACGAGAACUUUGUCCCGGUCCAGAUUGUGGAAUUUGACGUGCAAGGCCUGGUAUCCCGCGUGGUCAUCAGCAAGACCAGGAUGUCCAACAUGUCCGCCAUCCCGUCCCGCUCGCAGAAAGCGUACACCUACCAGAUCGACCUGCCCAUUACGGAGAAAGGCCUAAGCGACUUCUGCCAGUCCAGCACCAUCAAGAUCCACACCUUGUUCCUGGAGCUGCAGAUGACCAUGAACAUCUCCUACCUGUCCCACACGGAGCAGCUGUCGGUGGACACGUUCGAGUACAUCGACUGCGGCACCAACUCCACCACCCCCCACCCGGUCAGAUGAUGUCCCCCCGAGCUCCUUUUUUUUUAAGCUUUUUUGUUUUAAACGCGUCUUAACGGCGCCGAAAGGGACACCCAAAAAUGUCAGCUUUGUUGGCAGCACCUUUGGCAACAGCGUCCGUCAUACGUUGCACUUUAUUCUCCACCGAGUUCAUUUCAGCUUCUGUCUAAUGUGAAUCUAGAAUGGCGGACUUGAAUGAUGAUGUCAUCACAGGAAGGAUGCUUAUCUCACUAAAAAGGGAAAUAUA